GUAUCAUAUUUUAUACAUGUCACAUGUGUGAUCCUCCUGCUCAGGACUGUACGAAGAGUGAACUUUUUGAAAACCAGACCCAUCACAUGUUGCGUUUUCGUGUAAACUGUUGAACUGAGACAGAACGUAGGGGGUCGCUGUGGAGUCAGUCAGCACCACUGUCCGUCUCUUUCCAAGCCCUUUCUCUUCGGAACAGCCAUAUGAAUGAAAUGUCAAACAAUAGCGCCAGCAGCAGUAACCUGCUUCUUGCCCAGAAAGCUGUGAAACAGCUACGGCUUGAAGCAAGCGUCCGCAGAAUCAAGGUUUCACAAGCUGCGGCUGAUCUGAAGACAUUCUGCUUGCAAAAUGCCCAUAAGGACCCAUUGCUUGUCGGGGUUCCAUCCAGUGAUAAUCCGUUCCGGCCUCCCAAAUCCUGUGCGCUUUUCUGAGAUGAAAGGACGAGGUGUUAAAAACACGUCUUACUAGUCCGUCUUCAUUCACUUUAUAAGUGAACUCUGCAGCUGGACCAACACUGCUUUUACAUUUCCACCAACCUCUUUAUUGUUUUCGCAAGAAGCUAUAUAGCUAUAUAUUUUAAACUGUCGUUCUUAUGCUUUGUCCUGUAAUUAGACCUUAAACGAGAGGAUUUUAUGUAUUGUUUACUUACAUUAGAAAUAAAGGCUGUAACAAAUAA